AUGUCAACACUUAAAGACAAUGAUACAAUUUUUUUCUACCGGUAUAUGGACAGCUGGUUGUUAUCAUUGCCAGUCUUUCUUAUAAUUACCUAUGUUGCCAAAUUUUACUUCCAAUACUUUACACGCGAGAAUCCACUGCCUGGCCCAAUGCCGUUUCCAGUUAUAGGUAAUGUUAUUCAGAUGAGAGGACAUCCAGGGAAAUUCGCAGUCGCAAUGCAAGAGAAAUACGGCGAAAUCUGGGAAGCGUAUAUUGGAACCGAAAGAACUAUAUUUCUUUGUCGCGACGAUUUAAUUGCAAAUAUGAUGAGUUCAUCCACAAAAACCAACUUUUUUAAUAGGAAUAAUAACGAAGGAUUAAAAGAAAUGGGUGUUCAUAUGGAAGGCAUUGUCUUCAAUCGAGACAUGCAAGUCUGGCGCAUGAAUCGAAAAUUGCUCACUCAUUCAAUAAUGCCACCAAACUAUUUAAAAGAAUUCGUGCAAGUGACUCAGACAAUAUUCAACGAAGUAGAAAACUACUGGGAACAACUUGGCCUAGACUUGGAAAUAGAUAUCGCGCAAUGGAUGCCUCGUUUUACUACCGAUAUCACAGUAAAAACUACGACCGGAAAGCCAUUUCACUCACUCCUAGCAUACUACAACACACAAUCAUCAACCAAAGACAAUAAUAUAGAAGUUCCUAUUUCUAAAUUGAUAGAAUCCGAAGAACUCUCUCACGCAAUAAGAGAAUGGAAUAGAAUGCUUAGUGCACAUUCAUUUAGUUUCGUAAUAUACUAUAUUUGUCAAAAUCCGUAUGUUAAAUUACAACUCGAGAAAGAAAUUAGCCAAGUCUUUGGAAACAACUUAAUAACCAAACAAUACAAAAUAACCUACGAAGAUAUAGAGAAACUUGUCUACACCGAAGCGGUCAUAAAAGAAGCAGCAAGGCUUACACCCGUGGUGCCUAUAAUAACCAAAGAAACAAGUCAUGAAGAAGAGAUCGGCGGCUACAAAUAUAAAGCUGGCACAAAGUUUGGUGCAAGCUUUAUAGGAAUACACCUAAGCACACGGUAUUGGCAAGACCCAAAGAAAUUUAUGCCAGAACGGUUUCUUAAAAAAGUAAGUGAUAGUAAUGGAACUGUUCGGUAUGAAGCAGGCAAUAACAUCAAGAAGAAUACCUAUAUGCCGUUUGGUGGUGGUGUUCGUAUAUGUCCCGGGAGAAAUGUUGCUAUGACAGAAAUGAAAGCUUUAACGGUGUUAUUGUUUGGAAGAUAUGAUGUCAGGUUGGUGGACCCUAAAGCGCCACUAGCAUAUUCUUUUGCACCGGCUAUUCAGUGUGAUGAAUUGAAGCUUUUUAUUCGCCCAAGGAAAAUUUAA